AUGUACAGGAAACUUCAAGGAAACUGCCAACGCUGUAAGUUAGAACGUGCCGCCCCGUGUGCUACCGCGAUGGGAGAUCUUCCUGCAGCCAGACUCGCUGCAUUCACUAGGCCAUUUGCUUACGUAGGAAUAGACUACUUUGGCCCAAUGACUGUAUCACUAGGACGACGAAUGGAAAAAAGAUGGGGAGUACUGAUAACCUGCUUAACGGUUCGUGCGAUUCACAUCGAACUCGCAUACUCGUUGAGUACCGACUCGUGCAUCAUGGCCCCAAGAUGCUUCAUGGCCAGAUGUGGUGUUCCUGUAGAAAUUCAUAGCGAAAGAGGUACAAACUUCCAAGGUGCAUCCAAGGAACUCACCAAUGAAUUGCAAAAAAUAAACAAAGAAAAACUAAUUGCCGAAAUAGUAUCUCCAAACACAGCAUGGAAAUUCAUUCCCCCAGCCUCUCCGCAUAUGGGUGGGGCGUGGGAGCGGAUGAUUCGAACAGUUAAAAAUAACCUCCAACAGAUGAAAUUACCUACAUUACCAACUGACGAGGUGUUGAGGAACGCGUUGGUAGAAAUAGAGAACACUAUCAACUCAAGGCCGCUAACGCACAUCCCACUCGAUGAUGAAAAUGCAUCCGUUCUCACGCCAAAUCAUUUUCUACUGGGGUCUUCUGAUGGACUAAAGCCUCUCGCUCUCUUCGACGAUACUUCCACUGUACUGAAGCGUAGCUGGCAGAUGUCACAAACGAUGGCCAAUAUAUUCUGGCACCGUUGGCUUGCCGAUUACCUUCCAACUCUGACUCGAAGGACCAAGUGGUUCAACCUCGUUAAACCGAUUGCAGUUGGCGACAUGGUGAUUAUUGUUGACUCGAAGUCUCCAAGGAACAGCUGGCCAAAGGGGAGGGUGAUUGCUGUAAGUUACUCCAAAGACGGACAGGUGAGACGAGCUACAGUUCAAACAGUUAACGGGAUAUAUGAACGUCCAGCGGUGAAGUUGGCGGUACUCGACAUUGGCGUUGAUGCUAGUGCAGACCAAGGAGGAUCUGGUCGCACUCCGGGGGGAGUGUUACCUGCGCAAUGUCGAGCAACACAAACCUUUGGGAAAACGGGGCAACAACCAACAUGA